CCCCACUUGCAAAGUCCAGUGGUAUCCCGGUCCACUACUCCAGCAACUCCAAAGCCUCUCCACAGAACGCUUGACCAAAAAGUGCCCUGUGAUUCGACGACUGAGUGGCUCCCCUACUGCCCCCAACCCCAGAUCAAGCCCCCCACGGGCCUGGUCUCCGACACCAGACGUACGGGGUAAUUCCCGCCGAAUGGUUGGCGACUUAUUACGAUGAUGUUCCCGCUCUGUCAGUUGUUGAGAUUCUUCUCCAUGUUUCCCUAGGCUGUACUACUUGUAGAGCUCCAAAUUGCUACCAAGAUGUCCAAGAUAUUCACUGCUGAAGAAGUGGCUAAGCACAACUCACCUGACAGUUGUUGGGUGGUGCUCUACGGCAAAGUGUACGACGUGACCGAAUUCCUCCCUUCACACCCCGGCGGCUCCAAGAUCAUCGUAAAGCUUUCCGGCAAAGAUGCGACAGAAGAGUACGACCCUAUACACCCGCCGGGUAUCCUUGAGGAGAACCUCAAGCCCGAGAACUGCCUAGGCACCGUAGACCCCGAGUCACUGGCGCUGCUACAACCUCAAGCCGCGAAGGCGGAAUCUGAUAAACCCAAGGAGGGCCCGCCCAGGCUCGAGACGCUGCUCAACCUCGACGAGAUUGAGGAGGCUGCUACAAAAAUUAUUCCCAAGAAGGCGUGGGCAUACUACUUCUCGGCCUCUGACGACCUUUGGACCAAGAGCAACAACGGUCAUGUAUACAGGCAGAUCCUGCUGCGGCCUCGCGUCUUCGUCGACUGUACGAAAGUUGACACCUCCACAACUCUGCUCGGCAGCCACGUAGGACUUCCGUUGUUUGUGGCGCCGGCUGCCAUGGCAAGACUUGCCCACCCUGACGGUGAGCGAGGUAUUGCGAGAGCAGCGGCCAAGUUCAAUGCGAUGCAGUGCGUUUCGAAUAACGCGUCCAUGACCCCGGAACAGAUCAUUGAGGGUUCCCCUGAAGGCCAAGUCUUUGGAUGGCAGCUCUAUGUGCAAAAUGAUAGGACCAAGAGCGAGGCCAUGUUGAAGCGCAUCAACGCUAUGAAGGACCGCUACAAGUACAUCACCUUGACGUUAGAUGCACCGUGGCCUGGCAAGCGUGAGCUCGACGAGAAGCAGCAAUUUGAGGGAUCUUUCGAAGUCGAGUCCGAGUCAAACUCAAAGACGGAAGAGGCGAAGCGGCCAGGCGGUGGAGGUGUUGGACAGCAGCUAUUCUUCGGCACGGCAGCAGACCUGGAGUGGAAGACGACGUUGCCGUGGCUGGCCCAGCACACUGAUCUGCCCAUCGUGCUGAAGGGGUUGCAGACGCACGAGGAUGCUUACCUGGCGGCCCAGUACGCGCCGCAGGUGAAGGCCAUCAUUCUCUCCAACCACGGCGGUCGUGCUCUCGAUACGGCGCCUCCCGCCGUUCACACGCUUCUGGAGAUCCGCAAGUACUGCCCCGAGGUCUUUGACAAGAUCGAGGUCUGGGUCGACGGCGGCAUCAAGCGCGGUACCGAUAUUGUCAAGGCUCUCUGCCUGGGUGCGAAGGCUGUGGGCAUUGGUCGCGCUGCUCUGUUUGGUCUCGGUGCCGGGGGUCAAGCGGGUGUCGAACGGACAUACGAAAUCCUGAAAGCCGAGAUGGAGACAUGCAUGAGGCUGCUUGGAGCAAAGAGCAUCAGCGAUCUAGGACCCAAAUUUAUCAACACCCGCGCUGUGGAGAGAGAUCUCUACGACGGCGAGUCUGGCAUCGAGAAUAGAGUUAGCCUAUGGGUGAAGUCGAAGCUCUAGUGCGGAUGUUCUCCAUGACAGGGAAACAGCUGAAGCGAGCUGAUCUGACGUUGUGCUGUAAAACGGGAAAAAUUGUUGGGCCAACGUGGGGUAAAUGGCAUCAUUUGGUCACGAAGCCGAGCGUUUGCAUGA